AUGCCAUUCAAAGCAGUCAUCUUUGACAUUGGCGGCGUGGUGGUUGGAAGCCCGCUGUUUGCUAUCAACAGGUACGAGAAGGAGCAUGGACUGCCAUUUCAGUAUCUCAACGUAGCCAUCACCGCUCAAGGCCGAGGCGGUGCAUUUCAGCAAUUUGAACGUAGCGAGCUCGACCUGUAUACCUUCUACCGUCGAUUCGGCCAAGAGCUGAGCGACGUCGAGAAGAACAAUGCCGCCUUCACCAAGUUCUGCCAAAGUCGAGGACAAGAAGUUCCAAAGCUUCCGACUCAGCUCAAGGUGGACGGACGAGAACUCUUCGGGCAGAUGAUGAGGACUUCCACCACCGUGGACCCCAAGAUGCGAACCGCCAUCAUGCGGCUCAAAGUGGCGGCCUUGACCAACAACUUUGCGCCCCCCACCGAAGUCUCCGCAUCAGCGGAGGGAGGCGGCGGGAAAGCACCUUCGCUCGACGAGGAGCUGCAGCACCUUGGGCUGGGCUCGUCGCAGGAGCAGCUGCGCAAGCUGUUUGAUUUCUACAUCGAGAGCGCCGUCGUCGGCAAGAGGAAACCCGACCCCGAAUUCUACGAGUACGCACUCAACUUGCUCAAGGUCAAGCCGAGCGAGGUGGUGUUCCUCGACGACAUUGGACCCAACCUCAAGGCGGCGCAGAAGCUGGGCAUCACCACGAUCCGCGUCGACUCGAGCGACUCGACUCCGGCGCUGGCUCAGUUGAGCAAGCUGACGGAAGUGCCGCUGCUAGAGGGCGCAAGCUCCAAAUUGUAG